AUGCCGCCAUUUACCCGAAGUGUUGCCAAAGCCCGUCUCCGGGAUGUCAGUACUCCUCCAAGGACAUACGCAGACCGCGUCUUGACCCAGAUGCAAAGAGACUCGCUAUGGGACUCCCAGGCUCCACCGCGCAAGUUCAGCGACGCACGUGGCCUCAAAGACUUGAUCGAGAUUGCCGUCGUCUUUGUCGUCGCCACAAUCCUCGACAUUACCAAGGACAUUGUCAUGAUUAGCAAGAAACCCAUUGGAUGGGUAUUGGCAACUUAUCUUGUGCUGAUGGCCUUGUCUGGUACCAGCGAACUCUUUGUCAGGACGUUCAUGUCCCCCGUUUGCUCAUUGCCUCUCAUAUCGGGCCGUAUCGAAUACUGCAACCGCGAUGAACUCAGUCGUCGGUUCUCCCCCGAUUUCCCCAAGCUUGUCAGCUUGCAGUCCAGACUGGAGGAUGUCAUGGAUGAUUCCGCUAGCAGCUCCAUAGUAGCUGUUGAUAUCAAGAACUCUGAGAUGGCAACAACGCUCGUCAAGAUAAGCACACUAGUGGCCAAGGACUCCCUCGUCGAGCGCCUCAACGAAUUCGUUGUCGAUGCCAAAACUGCUGGUCGAAACUUGCAGAGGUUUGGAGGCCGCGUUGGGGGUGCAAAUACUGCCAAAGACUCCCAGGCCCAAAUCUCUAGCGGCCCCGUACAACGUGUUAUGAACGCAGUUUCGCCUAUCAAGGUGUCUGGACCACAGGUCAUUGCUGCUCGUCGAAAAGAAGUCGAAACGAUGUGGUAUCAGGCCACCGGUAUGAUGGAUGCGACCAUCCGCAAGUUGAUUCACGAGGCAGAAGCAAAUAUUAUUGCUUUGGAUAAAUUAGAGAGUCAGUUGGACCUCAUUAAUGAGAUGAUUUUACGCGAGGACGAAGGUAUCCGUGCAAAAGCAGAAGAAGUCUUGGGUGAAUUGUGGACCAAGCUCGGAGGGAACAAGAAAAAGUUGAACAGCUUCCGCUCCCAUCGCAUGCUCCUCAACGAAAUUCGCACAUAUCGCAAACGUGCCUUGGCACACGUUUCGAGCACACUAGUCCAAUUACAAGGGCUGUCUGCGGAUUUGGACGAUCUUAGGCAACGAGUCGUUACCCCUACACUGGCUGGCGAAGAAGCUGGUAUCCCCCUUGAGGUUCAUAUCGGAAGCAUGCAAAAGGGAACAGAACGACUACUGGAAGGCCGCAAACGUGCUCGCGAACGUGAAGAUGCAUAUCUCCAAAAGGUGCUUUCCGAGGGUCAGGAGCGACCAUCGAUUUCCGCCAAGUGA